ACUUUUGGUUUAGUAAGUAGAGAGGGGAGAGGGCUUGGGGGGCACUACCUCAUAUUCAAUGCUUUACCAAACUCACCUCUUCUUCUAAAUAUUCACACUUUACCACCACCACCACUACUAGUCUACUACUACCCUUCCCUUCUUCUUCACCGACUUAUCUCAUCUCCUCUCUCUCACACUCUGUGUCUCUCGUCUCAGGGAAAAAAAAUGGAGAGUGUUGUUGAAUUGGCGUUGAAGAACAGUAGUAUAACCCUCACCAACGGCGGCGCUCAUAAUGGCGAUGAUUUCUCCGUCGACGAUUUGCUCGACUUCUCUAACGAAGACGAAGACGAAGACGCUCUCGUUGAGGAUGAGACUGACUUGAAGAAAUCCCAACGAAAAAGAGGACUCUCGUCUGACGAAACUACCCUUCACUUGACCAACGAUUUCUCCGCCGUCGAUUUCCCCACCACCGAGCUCGCCGUUCCGAUGGAUGAUUUAGCGGAACUUGAAUGGUUAUCAAAUUUCGUAGACGACUCUCUCACUCCGUAUUCCUCGUUGGCUCCGACGAAGAAACCGGUUUGGUUAACCGGGAAUCGAAGACGUUCUGUACCACCGGUUAAGGAGAAGACCUGUUUCAAAGCUCCUCCUCCACCUCCGGUUCAAAUCAGGCCCAAACGAGCCAGAACCGGAGUCACCUUCUGGUCUCAUGGUUCGCCGUCGUCGUCUUCGAGCUCUGCGACGUCGUCCUCGUCUUCCUCUGGUCCUCCUUCGAGCCCUCUAUGGCUCUCCGGUUUUGAGUUGGAUUUGCUUGAUGAACCAAGGGUUAAGAAACAGAAGAAGAUGAAGAAAUUAGCUGGUCAGACGCAGACGCGGCGGUGUAGUCAUUGUGGCGUUCAGAAAACGCCUCAGUGGAGGGCAGGACCAAAGGGAGCGAAGACGCUGUGUAACGCGUGUGGUGUGCGUUUCAAAUCGGGUCGGUUGUUACCCGAAUACAGACCCGCUUGUAGCCCGACGUUUUCGAGAGAGCUUCACUCAAACCACCACCGUAAAGUCAUUGAGAUGCGUCGGAAGAAAGAGACCUCCCAAGAAGAGGGUGAUGAUGAUGAUGAAACAACCGGUUUGAACCAAACGGUUCAGGCACAGCCUGUGCCGAGUUUUUGAAGAUGUAUUAGACCAGAAUUAGGAUUCGACCCGGUUCAGAUUUAGCACCAGUUUAGUUUUCUCAUUAGCUGUUAUUGCGUUUAUGUUAAAAAGGAUUUGACUGAUUAUGUAUGCUUUUUUUGUUUUUUUGUUUUUUUAUUUUAAGUUGGGCUUUGUUCGUUGUUAGUCGCAGUAGGUUUUUAGGAAUUUAGUAACUGGUCAGGGUUUAAUACUUUUUUAAACUCUUAAGAUUGUUACUUAAUGAUCUCGUUGGUUUCUUUUCUA